GAGAGAAACCAAGAAAGAAAAGAAAAAGUAAAGCAAAUGUGUAGUUGGGUUUGUUUUUUCUUUUUUGGUUUUGAAGAAUGAAAUGUGAAGCUGAAUUUGAGUUCUUUCUGUUUGUUGGUUCGUAAAGUUUCAUUCUUUUUUAACUUCUCUUCCAUUUUCUCGGUUGCCAAACAGGGCAUCAGGUUGUGAUUUCUCAUGGAUGAUCCACGAAGGAGAAAUCAAGAUUGCAUAGCGUAUAUACCAUGUCAAUGUCAUUAAGUUAGAAAAGAAGGUUAAUUGUUUGUCAACUGCUAUUUGUCAGUCUAAGGCGUCAAAAAGUUCGGUUAGUCUAAGAUGGAAGAGAUACAUUCACAAUCAGAUAAUUAUAGGUCUUCUUCAUCUUCAGCCAGUAGUCCUGCGAGCCGUGUGCCUUCAAGUAACUUUUUCUACUUGCGGAAGCCUGGUUCACUUCGACAACCAAUCUCAUUUGAGGAUUCACCAGAGUGGGAGGAUACAGAUAUAGAUGUUAGGGUGGAUGAAGGAGGUGACUCGAUCAAUGUUGCUGCCACGCCAGCCUCCCCGUCGCUAUCAAAGCUCAAUAGUGGGUCAUUGCCGUCCCCACCGUUACCAGAGAGUGCAGCCGUUGCAAGAAAGAUUGCAGGAGCUUCCGUUGUGUGGAAAGACUUGACUGUUACUAUCCAGGGUAAAAGAAAAUACUCUGAUAAAGUUGUCAAGAGCUCAAAUGGAUAUGCUUUACCAGGGACAAUGACAGUAAUCAUGGGUCCUGCAAAAUCAGGGAAAUCCACAUUGCUUAGGGCUAUUUCAGGAAAAUCGCAUCAUUCAGCCAAAAUAUAUGGCGAAGUCUUUGUGAAUGGCACAAAAUCACAGUUGCCCUAUGGGUCAUAUGGUUUCGUUGAAAGGGAAACAACUCUAAUUGGGUCCCUCACAGUUCGAGAAUAUCUAUACUACUCUGCACUACUUCAACUCCCAGGUUUCUUCUGCAAGAAGAAGAGUGUGGUGGAGGAUGCAAUCCAUGCCAUGUCCUUGAGUGAUUAUGCAAACAAACUGAUUGGUGGCCAUUGUUACAUGAAAGGCCUUCCUAGGGGUGAGAGAAGGCGUCUUAGUAUUGCUCGGGAGUUAGUGAUGAGGCCCCAUAUCUUAUUUAUAGAUGAGCCCCUUUAUCAUCUUGACAGUGUCUCUGCUCUUUUGAUGAUGGUUACACUAAGGAAGCUUGCUAGCACUGGCUGCACUCUUAUCUUUACCAUUUACCAGAGCAGUACAGAAGUAUUUGGUCUUUUUGAUAGAAUCUGUCUGCUUUCCAAUGGAAAUACAUUAUUUUUUGGGGAAACUUUAGCUUGUUUGCAGCACUUCUCAAAUGCUGGAUUUCCUUGUCCUAUCAUGCAAAGUCCUUCUGAUCACUUCUUACGUGCAAUAAACACAGACUUCGACAGGAUAAUUGCAAUGUGUAAAAAUUGGCAGGAUGAUGGAGAUUUCUCAUCAGUGAAUAUGGACACUGCUGUUGCCAUACGUACUCUAGAAGCAACAUUUAAAUCGUCUGCAGAUGCUGCUACAGUUGAAACAAUGAUAUUGCGACUCACAGAAAAGGAGGGUCCGAAUCUUAGAAGCAAGGGAAAAGCUAGCUGUGCUACGAGGAUUGCAGUUUUGACUUGGAGAUCAUUGUUGAUCAUGUCAAGGGAAUGGAAAUACUAUUGGCUUCGACUUAUUCUUUGCAUGCUUCUUACACUCUGUAUUGGCACCGUCUUUUCCGGCCUAGGACAUUCUCUGUCUUCAGUAGUGACGAGGGUAGCAGCAAUAUUCGUAUUUGUAUCAUUUACUUCGCUUCUAGGAAUUGCAGGAGUACCGUCACUUCUGAAGGAAAUCAAGAUAUAUGCCAGUGAAGAGUCAAAUAGGCAUUCAGGAGCAUUAGUCUUUUUACUUGGCCAGCUUCUCUCCAGCAUUCCUUUCCUUUUCCUCAUCUCCAUUUCAUCAAGUCUCGUCUUCUACUUUCUGAUAGGCCUGAGAGAUGAUUUCAGCUUGUUGAUGUACUUUGUUUUGAAUUUCUUCAUCUCUCUCCUAGUAAAUGAAGGACUAAUGCUGCUUAUUGGUUCCCUGUGGCAACAUGUUUUCUGGAGUAUUUUGACGUUGGUAUCCAUACAUGUGGUCAUGAUGCUUUCUGCCGGGUAUUUUAGAAUUCGAAAUGCUUUGCCGGGACCAGUGUGGACAUAUCCAGUAUCAUAUAUUGCAUUUCAUACUUAUUCUAUCCAGGGACUUUUGGAGAAUGAGUAUGUAGGGACUUCAUUUGCGGUGGGAGUAAGAACUAUUUCCGGGUUUCAGGCACUGCGAAGUGCAUACGAUAUCUCUUCAGACAGUAAUUCAAAAUGGGAGAAUCUAUUGGUAUUGUUUCUCAUGGCAAUUGGGUACCGUAUACUACUAUUAAUUGUACUGCAUUUUCAUGUUGGAAAAAACGAAUCAAUACUCAAGUUUUGUCGGUGUAGUAAGGAAACAAACAGUUCGAGAUAAAUUAAAGUUGCAUUGCUAGCUA